GAAACAGAAACAGGUUCAUGAGUAUAAGAAAGUAGUCGAGAGUGGCAAGCAGGCGACUGCGCCCAGUCAUGGCGGACCAGAGAAAUCAGAACCGACGACACACUCAGCAGGAGAGCCAGAACCGAAUGGAUAAAAAAUACAUCCUGGUAUGGCAAGAUUCUCCAUGGGCAGGCACCUUCAUUUUGCUAGUAUUGAGAGAGAUGUUGUCUUUACUGGCACCUGAUUUAUCCAAUGAGAUUGCAAUGGGAGCCUCAGCAAAUGGGUGUCAAAUUGGAGGAGAGAAAUCCAUUAAACAAUGGAGUAACAUUUUACUAAAGGAGAAAUUCUUUCACGGUGGCAUAAGUAGAGGGGUGGAUCUGAUCGUUCUGCACUGUGGGCUGUACUGGGGCGGGGUGUAUGGACGCUGUGAACAUGAGCGUGGGCGACAAGGUGGGGGGUUGCCUGGUGGAUCUGGGGGGCAGCUUCACUGAGGAUGCCCCCAGACCCCCGGUCCCUGGGGAGGAGGGAGAGCUGGUGUCCAGCGAUGGACGGCCCUACAGCCACGGUUUCUAUUCCUUCAAGAACGAGGCCUCCACGGCCACGCCCAGACGACCUGACCUGGACCUGGGCUAUGAGCCGGAGGGCAGCGCCUCCCCCACGCCGCCCUACCUUAAGUGGGCAGAGUCCCUGCACUCUCUCCUGGACGACCAGGAUGGUAUCCACCUGUUCAGGACGUUCCUCAAGCAGGAGGAAUGUGCCGACAUGUUGGACUUCUGGUUCGCCUGCACUGGCUUCCGUAAGCUCGAGGCCAGUGAGGGCCAGGGCGAGGAGAAGAAGCUGAAACUGGCGAAAGCCAUUUAUAAAAAGUACAUCCUGGACAACAAUGGAAUAGUCUCGAGACAGAUCAAACCGGCCACCAAGAGCUUCAUCAAGGACUGUGUGAUGAGGCUGCACAUUGACCCGGCCAUGUUUGACCAGGCUCAGACUGAGAUUCAGACUAUGAUGGAGGAGAACACCUACCCUCUGUUCCUCAAGUCAGAUAUCUACUUGGAAUACACCAGAACUGGGGGGGAGAGCCCUAAGCUCUACAGCGACCAGAGCUCUGUCUCUGGGGGUGGGAAGGUUUUACCAGGGUAUUUGCCCACGCUGAACGAGGACGAGGAGUGGAGAUGUGACCAUGAGUUGGAGGAGCAGCAGGAGAGUGAUCCCAGCAACCGGCUCACUCAGAAGCUGCUUCAGGAGACAGCUUCCCAACGCGUCACCAGCACCAAGAGAUUCCAGGACAGUCACGAGUACAGACGCGUGCCGUGUCGGGAGCCUGUCAACCCGUACUAUGUCAACUCGGGCUACGCCAUGGCCCCUGCCACCAGCGCCAACGACAGCGAGCAGCAGAGCAUGUCCAGUGCCAGCGACGUAGACACACUCUCCCUGACCGACAGCAGUGUAGAUGGGGUUCCACCAUACAAAUAUCGUAAACAGCAUCGACGAGAGAUGCAUGAAAGUGCCAAAGCAAAUGGGCGUGUGCCACUACCUCAUAUUCCUCGCACAAACCGGAUACCAAAGGACAUUCACGUGGAGCCGGAGAAGUUUGCGGCGGAUCUGAUCAGCCGGCUGGAGGGAGUGCUGAGGGAGAGGGAGGCCCAGGAGAAACUGGAGGAGCGGCUGAAGAGAGUCCGAUUGGAGGAAGAGGGUGAGGAUGCAGACAUCUCCACAUCCACCUCGUUCUCCAGUCACAGACUGCCCCCUGGUGCCCACCCACAGCACUACAACAACCCCCGCUACUCUGACAUCGGCUACAAUGGCCUGGCGCUGCGGCCUGACGCCCACGAGGAGAACCCCGAGAGCAUCCUGGAUGACCACGUCCAGCGAGUCAUGAAAACCCCCGGCUGCCAGUCCCCGGGCACCGGCCGCCACUCCCCCAAGUCCCGCUCACCCGACGGCUUCCCUGCAGGUGGCAAGGUGCCCGGACCUGGGAUGCCGCUGCCCACAGGCCCAGGCAAACACCCAGCUCGGCUGGGGCCCAAAGGGGAGGCUGCCAGCCACCAAUACCACCACAAACACGUGCACCACAUCCACCACCCAGCCGGAGGGAAGCCCAAAGAGCAGGUUGAGGCUGACGCAGCCACGAGGGUCAAUGGUAACUUCCACUGGGGGAUGGAGCAGCACAACUAUGGGUCCAAGUCUCGCAACUAUGCUGACGGCAUGGGCCCCAGCCCGAUGGAUCCUAUGGGCUACAGUAGCAAAGGUAGCACGCUAUCGAAGCGGCCAUUUAAGAAAGCUGAGGAGUUGCGGACCUUUGAGGUGCCCGUGCCUCCGGAGGACGUGGAGAGGAACCAGAAGAUCCUCCAGUGGAUGAUGGAGGGAGAGGCGGUCCGUAACAAGAAGAGCCCCUACGGGAGCACCACAGGGUCCAAGAAGACCCCGUCGAGCCACGAGGUGUCGCGGCCCAGCUCUGUGGAGCGUCCCGGGGCAGUGCAUCCGUGGGUCAGCGCCCAGCUGCGGAACAAUGUGCAGCCCUCACACCCCUUCAUCCAGGACCCCACAAUGCCCCCCAACCCGGCCCCCAAUCCCCUCACCCAGCUGGAGGAGGCUAGGAGGAGACUGGAGGAGGAGAAGAAGAAGACGGGGACCUUACAGACCAAACAGAGGUAUGUGAUGGAAGUGAUCCAGCGGGGGCGCGCUGCCGCCAGGCCCGCCCUGUUCCCGCCGCUCGGCGUGGUGCCUGCCGUCUCUGACACGGAGCUGUCCGAACAUAAAGUGACGAAGAAGCCCGCGUGUGAGAACAUUACGGUGGCCUACUACUUCUGUGGGGAGCCAAUCCCGUACAGGACGUCGGUCAAAGGUCGCAUGGUCAUGCUGGGCCAGUUCAAAGAGCUGCUGACUAAGAAAGGAAGCUACAGGUAUUUUUUCAAGAAGGUGAGCAAUGACUUUGGGGUGGUGUUCGAAGAGGUACGCGAAGAUGAUGCUGUCCUGCCCAUCUUUGAGGAGAAGAUCAUUGGGAAGGUGGAAAAGAUUGAUUGAUUGACAUGGAGGUGGAGAGGAAGGAGACGUUCACAAAGUCGGCCUGCGAUGGAGCUAUCGACGGAUGGAGCUGUUCACUUGAGAGAGAUCGAGAGAAAGUGUUUGACUAGAGGGAGGAUUGGCAGGGGAAGAAAAGGUACGGAGUAAGUCGCUACAGGAGGGAAUGGAUGAAGGGAGGAGGAAAUGAGAAGAGUGCAUAGUGAUCACUGUGGGAGACACUCAUGACUCCAAGGCUUUUAUAUCUGCUCAGUGCCACUGCAUUGUGCAGGCAGAGUAGGAAAGCAUUGGACAAAAAAAAAGCUGACAUUCUCUCCUUCAGUGUCUUUCUGAGUGUAAUGUAAUGUAGCAUUGUACAAUUUGACAAGAAGAAAAAUGCUAUGAAUCUGCUUACUAAAGCAGCAUAUUAUUUUUGAUAUGACGUAUCAGAAGGUAUCCUUUCUAAUGUAACCAAGCGUGUCAUUUUUCUGUGUUCGUACCAGAUGUGUACAGAUUGUCUGUUUAAAACAUAACGAUAAAGUUUUAUAUUAUCUAUUUAAAUAUUUUAAAAAGCGGUCGUUUUAAUCCUAUUAAUGCAGUGGCGCUGUUCCAAUUCGACGAGAUCCAAGUGUUUUGACAGGGCUGUUUUUCAAGUAUUGUUGGAACUAUUACACAGCCCCAUGUUCUACCAAGUGCUUUUAACAGGAACACUCAACCUUGCCAGUCCUCUAAAGUUAAGUGGCAUCGGGUUGUCAUGCUGCACUUAUCACUGUAUUAUGCAUUAGUGUCAAUGGAGCAAAAUGAAAAGGAAUGCCUUCUUGAGGUUGCCCUCAUGCUUUGUUUUUUUCAAUUAGGAAGGGACUCCCCAGCAGUAGCUCGAUCUGUGUACAAUGUACUGUACUCUGAGUUCUCUUCCCCAUAGUGUACGUGUGUGUGUGUGUGUGUAUGCACAUUAAAUACAUUAUUAUACCCAUACCUGCAGACACCUGCCAACUUCAAUUGAUCCCCACUAUGUUCGGUCACUUUUAGAUUUUGCUACAGUUAGGUCUUAAUUGUAGCAGAUCAGUGCAGAAAAUAACAUCUUUGAUCAGAGAUAAUCACAACCAGUUGUGUACAUGCUACUGACAGUUCAGAUCUAGAUUCUAUCUACAGUCUAGAGCUUUUGUUAGGCAUUUAAGAGUCCAUAGUAGAAGUCUCCUGAAGGUUCAUACACGGGUGUCUGUGUAGAGAAAGGGUCUGUGUGGGUCUGUGUGCGGAGGUUUGUCUCAAUAGAGCAUUGGUCAUCUAAUGUGUGUUCACAUGCAUUCAGAAAGGCUCCUGACCCCAUGGUUUCACUCUGGACAACGAAAGGACAUCAUAUAUGUUUAUCUAGUUGAUAUAUCACAAAUACAGCUGAAUAAUGACCUGUAGCCUUUCAUAGCUCUAUAGAGCUAAAUUUGGUGCCUGGCAGAAAUUGUCUCUAGAAAUAACUUUAGUAUGAAGUGAUCUACUUUUUUUGAUAGGUCACAAUACACCAAAGAGAACAGUAGAAGUUGAUAUGUUUGUCAUCCCCUUUUCUCUUCUUUAUUUACCCUCAUUCACAUGGGUACUCUUUGAUUAUUCUCCAAAUCCCUGUGUUGAAGUGGAAUUCUCUUGUACAAUUUUCUAGGGCAGGGCUCUCCAACCCUGUUCCUGGAGAGCUACCCUCCAUGUAGGUUUCCACUCUAACCCCAGCUGUAACUAACCUGAUUCAGCUCAUCAAUCAGCUAAUUACUACAAUCAGUUGCGCUAGAUUAGUGUUGGAGGGAACCUGCGGGACAGUAGGUGUCCAGGAACAGGGUUAGAGAUCCCUGUUCCAGGGCGUUGUGCCGGGGGUCAGUGCAAGGUGGAAUGUGCUAACCGUUGUGUUUGAUUAGGAUGGUAAGGACUGCUGUAUUGCUGGGUGUUGUUCUCUUAUCAACACCACGUAUAAGAGGACGAUCUCCUUUUCUGAGAUGCUGUUUUUGUAUUUAUUUAGAUGGAUAUUUUUUAAGAAUCUGUAUGAAGUUAACAUACGUAGUGGACAACCCUCUAUUGCUCCUGUUUAAAGAUUUGAAUAACCGUACUUUAUGUUUUCAUAACGAGAGGCAUUUACUCCAUGAUCUUUGACAAUAUUGGUACUCGACCAUCAUCUGUCACACUACAAUGUAGAAUUUGGCUCUCUGUUAUGAUUAUCAUUUGAUUAUUAGAUGUUCACUGUCUGUAUGUAUUUCCAAUGGAGGGCAGUGAUUCUUACUGUGAAAGCCCCAAAGUGAACUCCCCCCCCCCCCCCCCACUUCUGGUCAUUGAAAUGUAUAUAACAACCAUCACAGAGUGCCUUUUAUUGCCAUCCUCUCAUGACAUCCGCUGUGUGAUUCUCAAGUGUUACCAGGGCCUUGCUUUAUAUUUUUAUUUUACGUCUUACAAACCAUGUUCUGUUGAAGUGUUUCCUAUGUCACAUCUCACUUUGGAUAAAAAAUGUUCUAUGUAAAUAUGUAAAAAUUGUACAUGUCAUCAACCAGCAAUUCACUUAGGAGAUAUUCAUUACCCCGGACCUGUUUCUUAGUGCUGAGUUUUGCGGUUAUCAUUUAAAGGUACUUGAACAAUAAAUAUAUGUAAUAAACCUGAACUUCUCCAUUACCUGUAGUCAUUAAAA